AUGCUUAUCAAUCAUUUUUUCAAGUCCAACGAGUCCUUUAGCUAUGAAGCGCUUCGAGCUGCCGGAUAUAGCAACUAUGGUGGGGCAGAUCUCGGCGAAGUGAUAGCUCUCUGUUCCAAAAUCAGGCCCGGGAACGAAGAUGACUGGCUUCGCGAAUGGCAAGGCGCUGCAGAACGGGCAGUGUCUAAUGCAGAGUUCUCGAAGUCCGUGCAGAACAAAGAAAGUGCCUACCAUGGAUACCUUCGUGCAUCGAAUUAUUUCCGCACCGCCGAGUUCUUCCGUCGAGAAAAUGUGGACGAAGACAAAAUCUCCCAGUCAUUGUAUGAAAGAUCAGAGACUGCUUUCGUCGAGGCGAUGGGGCUGUCUACGUUUUCCUACGAGUCGAUCAGCAUCCCCUACGAAGGCACAUCAUUACCAGGGUAUUUUGUUAGUCCUGACAGCUCCAAAAAACCUCGACGGACAAUCAUCUUCAACGGCGGUUUUGACUCGACCAUGAGUGAAGGGUGGUUUGCGAUUGGAGCGGCGGCUCUAGCAAGAGGCUAUAACUUCCUUGCCUUCGACGGGCCUGGGCAGGGUGCAGCUAUCCGGCGACAGCACCUACACUUUCGGCCCGACUGGGAGAACGUACUCACCCCUGUUGUCGACUAUGCUGUGAGUCGCAUGGACAUUGAUGCAGAUGCAAUAGUCAUCUUUGGCUGGAGCAUGGGUGGGUUCCUAGUGGCGCGAGGAGCUACGCGGGAGCAUCGGGCCCGAGCCAUCAUCCUGGAUGAUGGCGUGUACGAUUUUGGUUCUGCAUUUCGGGCCCAACAGCCGUCCUUUAUUCAGAAGCUUGUUGAACUCAGAUACGAUUCGAUUGUCAACCCAAUAUUCCACUGUGUUCAGUCUCUCUCGACAGGGAUCCGGUGGGCUCUGCGCAACGGGAAGUGGACUUUUGGCGUGGCAUCCCCGGCAGAGCUGAGUCGUGCAGUCAACAAAUACACUCUGGAGGGGAUCAGUCAACUUAUUGCCACACCGUGUCUGAUACUCGACGCAGAAAAUGAUCAUUUCCUGAGAGGCCAGCCAGAGGAGCUUCAGAGAAAUCUGAACUGUGAGCACAAAUUUGUCAGUCUACGAACAGACGAAGGGGGAGACGCACAUUGUCACCAAGGAUCCUUCUUUCGAUUGCAUCAAGUUGUUUUCGAUUUCCUAGAAUCACAGCUUAGUCCAGCUAAAGGGCUGUGA